AUGGAUACUGGCGGUGAGGACAUGGUUACUGGCGGUGAGGACAAGGUUGAAGGCGGCAGUGAGAACAAGGUACCUGGCGGUAAGGACAAGGUUCCAGGCGGUGUGGAGAAGGUUCAUAGCAGUGAGGACAAGGUUCCUGGCUUUGAGGACAAGGUUAACGGAGGUGGGGACAAGGUUACUGGCGGUGAGGACAAGGUUACUGGAGGUAAGGACAACGUUCCUGGCAUUGAGGACAAGGUUCCUCGCGGUGAGGACAAGGUUCCUCGCGGUGAGGACAAUGUUCCUGGCGGUGAGGACAAUGUUCCUGGCGGUGAGGACAAUGUUUCUGGCGGUGAGGACAAGGUUCCUGGCGGUGAGCACAAGGUUCCAGGUCGUGAGGACAAGGUUCAUAGCGGUGAAACAAGGUUCAUAGCGGUGAGGACAAGGUUUCUGCCGGUGAGGACAAGGUUGUGGGCGGUGAAGACAAUGUUCCUGGCGGUGAGGACAAUGUUCCUGGCGGUGAGGACAAUGUUUCUGGCGGUGAGGACAAGGUUCCUGACGGUGAGGACAACGUUCCUGGCGGUGAGGACAAGGUUGAUGCCGGUGAGGACAUGGUUACUGGCGUUGAGGACAUGGUUACUGGCGGUGAGGACAAGGUUGCUGGCGGUGAGGACAAGGUUCCUGGCGCUGAGGACAAGGUCCCUGGCAGUGAGGACAAGGUUCCUGGCGGUGAGGACAAGGUUCCUGGCGGUGAGGACAAGCUACCUGGCGGUGAGGACAAGGUUCCUGGCGGUGACGACAAGUUUCCUGGUGGUGAGGACAAGGUUCCUGGCGCUGAGGACAUGGUGACUGGCGGUGAGGACAAGGUUGCUGGCUGUGAGGACAAGGUUCCUGGCGGUGAGGACAAGGUUCCUGGCGAUGAGGACAGGGUUACUGGCGGUGAGGACAAGGUUCCUGCAGGUGAAGACAAGGUUACUGGCGGUGAGGACAAGGUUCCUGCCUGUGAGGACAAGGUUACUGGCGACGAGGACAGGGUUCCUGGAGGCAGUGAGAACAAGAUUCCUGCCGGUGGGGACAAGGUUCCGGGCUUUGAGGACUGGUUACUGGCGGUGAAGACAAGGUUCCUGCCCAUGAGGACAAGGUUACUGGCGGUGAGGACAAGGUGCCUGGCGGCGGUGAGAACAAGGUUCCUGUCGAUGAGGACAAGGUUCGUGGCGAUGAGUACAGGGUUACUGGCGGUGAGGACAAUGUUCUUGGCGGUGAAGACAAGGUUACUGGCGGUGAGGACAAAGUUUCUGCCUGUGAGGACAAGGUUAGUGUCGGUGAGGACAAGGUUCAUGGCGGUGAGGAUAAGGUUCCUGGCGGUGAAGACAAGAUUUCUGGCGGUGAGGACAAGGAUCCUGGCGGUGAGGACAAGGUUCCUGGCGGUGAGGACAUGGUUACUGGCGGUGAGGCCAAAGUUCCUGGCGGAGAGGACAAGGUUCCUGGCGGUGAGGACAAGGUUACUGGCGGUAAGGGCAAGGUUCCUGGCGGUGAGGAAAAGGUUCCUGGCGGCGAGGACAAGGUUCCUGGAGGUGAGGACAACGUUGCUGGCGGUAAGGACAAGGUUCCUGGCGGUGAGGAUAAGGUCGCUGGCGGUGAGGACAAGGUUUCUAACGGGGGUGACAAAGUUACUGGCUGCGAGAACAAACUUGUCGUCAGUGAAGAACCUUGACCUCAAAGUGAGGAACCUUGUCCACAGUGUGAGGAGCCUUGUCCUCAGAUUGAAGAACCUUGUCCUCAGAGUGAGGAACCUUGUCCUCAGAGUGAGCAACCUUUGUUCUCAGAGAGAAGAACCUCGUCCUCAGCGUGUAGAACCUUGCCCUCAGAGUGAAGAACCUUGUCCUCAUAGUGAAGAACCUUGUCCUCAGAGUGAAGAACCUUGUCCUCAGCGUGAAGAACCUUGCCCUCAGAGUGAACAACUUUGUCCUCAUAGUGAAGAACCUUGUCGUCAGAUUGAAGAACCUUGUGCUCAGUGUGAGGAACCUUGUUCUCAGAGUGAAGAACCUUGUCCUCGGAGUGAAGAACCUUGUCCUCGGAGUGAAGAACCUUGUCCCCAGUGUUAA